AGCUGGGUGGCCUGGAGCUGGGACACUGCGACAGGGAUGAGAGGAAGGGUGUCUUCAUCCUCACUGGGCUUUCAGCAGGACGGCGAAAAGCAGGAAGAAAGAAAGAGAGGGAGAGAGCGACUGAGCGGGAGAGAGUGUGGCUGUUUUCUGCAACACCUACAAGGGGCAGGAGAGAGAGGAGGGUGUCUGUAGGAGUGUGGUCUGUAGGAGCGUGGUCUGUAACGCUGGAGUGCAAGGACAAGCCAUGGACUCUACGAGCUUCCUACUGUUCCUGGAUAUCCACAAUGUCCCCUGCUAACCUUGUGGUACUGAUGGUCCUGCUGCUACCUCAGGUCCUGUCGGGUCAUCAGGGAGGCGCCAUCAGCCCUGGCGGCGACCCACUGCCUCCGCGAGAGGCCAGUCUGGCCCAAUCCAUUCAGAACCUCUUGCUGACUCGACUGGGGCUGCGGUCCCGCCCGACUCCCCGGCCUGGAGCACCCGUUCCCCGGUACCUGCUGGAUCUGUACCGCUUCCACAAGCAGCAGUACCACUUGGUGGAGGACCCUCACUUUAGCUUCCCCGUGCAGCACGUGCAGGGGGCUAACACAGUGCGAAGCUUCCACCACAUGGAGUCCAGCGAUGCCUUGCCUCUCACUCUGAAUGUGACACAGGCGUCAGACGUCAUCCGGAUAAGGUUCAACAUCUCCUCCAUCCCGGUGGAUGAGCGUGUCACCUCUGCGGAACUCCGACUUUUGCACGGGGUGGGUAAGAGGAGUGCUGGUAACCACAGGGUCAGCCUGUUCCUCUCUGGGGACCACUCAGAUUUGGGAACCACGCUGCUGGAAUCACGGUGCCUCAUCCAGAGCGGCAACAGCGAGAGCAGUUCCUGGGAGAGCUUCACCCUCAACUCAGACCUGAUUGAGAGCGCCUCUGACCGGACGGGACUGCUGGAGUUCGUCAUAGAGGUGACGCCCUUAAACGGGUCUCUAACAUCCGGACAAGAGCUCAGGCGUGAGCGACUUAGGGUGCGUAGGGCGGCCGGACAGAACGAGCCCAGCUGGGCACAGGAGAGACCCCUAUUGGUGACCUACAGUCAUGACGGGCGCGGCCAGACCCUGGCUCGCUCUGCGGGCCGCCAAGAGGGGGGAAAGAAGCUAAAGAGGAGGCACAGGAAGGGACGGGAUGGGAAUGGGGACUGGGGGAGAGGCAGGCGACAGGGCCGGAGGGAGCAGAGGGUGAAGCGAAAUGGCGGAAAGGGGGCGAGGCUGCAGCAGCUUUCCCGGAACCUCUGCCGGCGUUACCCGCUCUACGUAGACUUCAGUGAUGUGGGCUGGAACAAGUGGAUCGUGGCGCCCAGUGGCUACCAUGCCUACUUCUGCCUGGGCGAGUGUCGCUUCCCCCUGGCCGACCACAUGAACUCGUCCAGCCACGCCAUGGUGCAGACGCUGGUGAACUCGGUGAACAGGGACGUGCCGCGGCCGUGCUGCGUGCCCACGUCCCUCAGCCCCAUCGCCAUGCUCUACCUGGACCAGCAGGACCAUGUGGUGCUCAAGAACUACGAAGAGAUGGUGGUGGAAGGCUGCGGCUGCCGGUAGCGUUGACGAGGGUGGAGGGGAACGGUGGGAGAAUUCCAGGAUGAUUGUGGGAGGCGUGGCGUGGCGGGGGGUGGGGGGGACGUAGCUAAAAAUUCUGGGAACCCCGACAAAAUGUCACCUUGGGCUUCCCCCAUUAUAUAAUUCUAUAAUUUUACGCAUUCAAGGGCCCUUGUGAAGUGCUAGACCCUCUGGUUCGCUCGGGGUAUCCGUGCCCCUACUGCACCCCUCAUGCUAACCUUAUUACUGUUCUUAUCGGACUAUUUAUUCUAUUGAAAACAGACAUUUCGGUAAAAGCUAUCCUCAAUGUUACACAUUGCUCAAGAAAAAAAACUGGUGAAAUAAUAUACCGAAUGGACCUUCUCUCCCAGCAGAGUACAGUGCUAUGUAAAAAUGGAAGGCGAUUCUUCAUUAUCUGGCCCCCGAACUAACGGAUAGUAACCAUUCAGUUGUUUGUAUGUGUCUGUCUGUUAUUUUCCAGUUAUUGUACUUUGAUGUUUUCUUUUGAUGUAGAAUACUGUCACAUGUGGAAUUUCCUUACUCUAAUCUGAUUGUGACCCAGGAAUCCCCACUGUUAAUGGAUGUUUCCAACUCCCUGUUAACCCAGUGAGAAUCUUUGGGUGUGUCUGAAAUCACAUACUUACACAGUACAUACUGAAUUUCAUUAGAAGCCUACUCCUCAACUGUAGUGUGCACUGUAUGUAUGCAUAAGAACAGUAUGCAUGCACUCCGGCACACUGCAGUCAUCAUCUUGUGUAUCACCUGACCUGGAUGUUUACCAAUGGGGUAGCUGUACCCCCAUGAAAGUUAAAAACUCUCAACAAAAAAUACAUGUUUGAAUCAGCUUAUAUAACUACUUUUCUACUUAAAUUUGUACAGAGGCUGCACUUCCUCCACCACCUUGACACAAAUUUCCGAGGCAGUGACGUCCUUCGUCUCUGGUUGCGUCUCCAGUGGCCUUGUGUAGCAUCCAUCAGUUGCACCUUCAGAAUUUUGCAGAUUUAUAUGUCAUUUGGGUACCGUUUGCAUACUGUCUCAUCCAUACUGCUCACUUUGCAUACUAUAUUUAAACAAGUAAACAAGUAUGUGAUUUUGAAUACACCCUCUUGUGUUGCACAAGCUGAAACCACUCGUUUGCUCAUUUUUAUGCCACUGCCAUUACUAUAGACUGUGAUGGAGACCAAGCACAUUCACAGAUGAAAAAUGAACCUCACAAAUUGUAUAUAGUUCACAGGAUAUUUAAAACAGUAAUAAUAUUAAGUAUCAUAUUGUUUGAAUGUCUUAUUAUUUAAAGAGAAAUUUAUAUUCUUUUCUUAAAACUGAACAAAAUUCCUUAAUAAUACUCCUUCUAACUUAAAAUAACACAUUUAUGUAUUUACAUAGCAGUCACUUAUGGAAUAUUUAAUGCUGAAGCAUAUUGUAUGUUUCUCCUCUUCAUAUAGCUCAAAAACCAAAAUGACGAACCAUUCACUGAUGGUGGCUUUUGUCUGCGUUUUGUGUAGCUGGGUGUGUGCAUGUGUGUGCGUGUGUCUGUAAUGUGUAAUUUUAUAUGUACAGAUAGUGCAGGUGAAGUCACUAUGAACAGCACACGUCUCAGGAAUUUCCGUGUCCAUUCUCACAUGUCAUCUUGCAGGUCCUGUGACGGAUACGUUUGUGAAUGUCGAGACGUGGUUUUUGCAGGACUGCCCAGAGUCCUACUGUCUUACUUGCAAGGAAAAAGCCGCUCAGUGUCUCCGUGACAUGAUAUUUGCAAGACAUUCCCAGAGAAAUUUGCUAGCUUUCAGUUAACUGUUCGUUGGACAUGCCAUGUCUAAGAAAACAGCGUCUGUUAACAGUAGUACAAUGUGUGACAUUGCCAGAGGAUGGCCUGAUGUAUGUAUUAAAAAGGAAAUAUCUAAUCAUUUAUGAAAUAUAAUCUUUUCCCUUUU